AUGAUUUUGAGAAUUAUUUUGGCUGCCUUGUCAGUGGCAUGCAUCUUCGUGCAGCAGGUUGCUGCUUCGAAUGCAUCGCUUGGUGGAGGAUCUCAGGACAUUGUGACAUGGGAUAAGCAUUCUAUCAUGGUUCGCGGCCAGCGCGUGAUGUUUUUCUCUGGGGAAUUCCACCCCUUCCGCCUCCCAGCCCCCGGGCUAUGGCUGGAUGUACUCCAGAAAGUAAAAGCUAUGGGAUUCAAUGGCGUCUCCUUUUACGUCAACUGGGCUCUGCUCGAGGGUAAAGAGGGUGAUUUCAGUACAGAGGGAGUAUUUGCACUUGAGCCUUUCUUCGAAGCGGCAAAGACAGCCGGUAAGCUAUCGAGCACCGAAGGUAUCUAUCUCCUCGCACGACCUGGACCCUACAUCAAUGCAGAAGUCAGCGGCGGUGGGUUUCCAGGAUGGCUAGCUCGCCUUCCGACAGGACUUCGCACGCGGAACUCGACUUACAUGGAUGCAACUGAAAACUAUGUUUCCAGCAUCGGCACGAUUAUUGCGAAAGCGCAGAUAACAAACGGGGGACCCGUGAUUCUUGUGCAGCCCGAGAACGAGUAUUCAUCAGGAGACCCGCCUUUUCCAGACCCUGUCUAUUUCCGUGCUGUCGAGCAACAAUAUCGUGAUGCUGGUAUCGUUGUUCCUUUCAUCAGCAACGAUAAUAGCCCACAUGGGUUUUUUUAUGACCAGGGACCUCCCGAAUGGCCGAUUUACGGGCAUGACAGCUACCCUAUGGCAUCGGAGAAGGAUCAGUGUGAAGCUAAACGUGUGAAAGGGUUCAAUGAUGACAUAUCAGAAUGGCCGGUUGAUGCAUUGCCGACUAACUAUGGGGAUUUGCACGAAGAAAUGGCACCCAAUACGCCGUACUCGGUGAUUGAAUGUCAGGGCGGAAGUUGGGAUCCCUGGGGCGGAUACGGCUACAACAAGACAGCAGCAAGGCAGGGACCAGAGUACCAGCGUGUCUUUUUCAAGAAUUUCUAUAGCUUUGGAGUCACCAUUUUCAACGUCUAUAUGGGUGUUGGCGGAACUAACUGGGGAAAUAUGGGAUACCCAGAAGGAUAUACCAGUUAUGACUACGGCGCGCCAAUCACUGAAAUGAGAACCGUCGAGCGGGAGAACUUUAGCGAGUUGAAGCUACAGGCGAUGUUUCUUCAGUCCUCUCCUGCUUAUGCGACUGCAAUUCCGCAAAACAACACCCAUGCGAAUGGCUCCUAUACUGGAAAUAUGAAGAUCGCAACGACGGCAUUGUUUGGAAAUGAAACAAACUUCUUUGUUCUUCGACAUGCAGAUUAUACUGAGACGUCCACAGAAAAGUAUCAUAUCACACUGCCAACGAGUAAAGGAAAUAUUACUAUACCCCAGCUCGGAGGAUCCUUGUCUCUUGUGGGCCGCGAUUCGAAAUUCCAUGUUACAGAUUACGAUGUUGGUGGUAUCAACCUGCUAUACUCGACUGCGGAGGUUUUCACAUGGAGAAAAUUUGGAAAUCGCUAUAUUCUCGUCGUCUAUGGCGGGCCAGGCGAGACCAAUGAGCUCGGGAUUCACGGUGGUGGAACCCCUCACAUCCUGGAGGGAGACCAGCAUUCUAUCAAAUUUGACCAGAAGCAGGGCUCAACAAUCUUACAGUAUACUGUGAGUGAUCAGAGAAUAAUUGUUGAGUUAUCGAACGGUCUCUAUGUUUACCUGCUUGAUCGCUUUUCUGCCUACAAUUAUUGGUCUACUGAUCUGUCAAGCGAUCCUGUCUCGGGAAACUAUAGCAACACUACUACAUUCCUCUCGACUCCUAUAAUCAAGGCUGGGUAUUUGAUUCGGGACAUCAAAGCUACGGAUAACACUUUGCAUCUCAUGGGAGAUUUUAAUUCUACUACAGAGAUUGAGAUCAUCGGUGCCGAAAGUGAUAUCAAGUCUUUGAUAGUGAAUAAUGCGCCAACAGAAUUUCAGCAAGACAGUCAUGGCGUUGUAAAGGCUACAGUCGUUUUCAAAGGACCCGAUUUCUCCUUGCCAGACCUCUCAAAGACUGGCUGGAAGGUACUCGACGCUCUGCCAGAAAUACAGAAAGACUACGAUGAUAGCCGCUGGACAAAAGCUUCCCUAUCUAGCAGCAACAAUACUGAGCGCAAUCUGAGUACCCCGAUAUCUCUCUAUGCUUCGGACUAUGGAUUCCAUUCAGGAUAUCUCAUAUACCGGACCAGUUUCACCUCAAAUGGAGGGAAGAGCCUCCGCCUAGAAACCCAGGGCGGAUCAGCUUAUGGGCAUUCUAUAUGGCUCAACGAGACCUUUGUGGAUUCAUUUUCUGGGGAAAUCACAGCUUAUUCGUGGAAUCAAGCCUUUGAUCUCCCAGCGAAAAAUGGGGAAACCUAUACCAUUACUAUUCUGAUUGACCAGAUGGGAUAUGAGGAAAAUGGUUCAGCUGGGUCGAGCGACAUGAAAACCCCACGUGGAAUUUUAAACUAUUCGCUUUCCGGAUUCAAUCAAUCGGAUUUGUCCUGGAAGAUCACCGGCAACCUGGGUGGAGAAAGCUUUAGAGAUCGCACUCGAGGUCCACUGAACGAAGGAGGACUAUUUGCCGAACGACAAGGCUACCAUCUACCAGGUGCUCCGAUCUCCUCUUGGAAAGACAGCAAACUGGGCCCCAUGGAGGGGCUCAGUGGACCAGGAGUAGCAUUCUACGCGACCACUUUCAAACUUGACAUUCCGACUGGAUACGAUAUUCCGAUUUCGUUAUCUUUCGCAAACAGCACCGACACAACCAGCAGUAUCCGGUGCCAGGUCUAUGUAAAUGGGUAUCAAUUUGGCAAAUGGAUUCAUAAUAUUGGACCACAAGAUAUUUUCCCGGUUCCAGAGGGUAUUUGGGACUACCAUGGUGAAAAUUAUCUUGCUGUGAGUCUAUGGGCACUGGAGAAGGGUGGUGGGAAAGUGGAAAAUUUGAAUUUGGUUGCUGGUCCUGUGAUUCAAAGCAGCUACCCGCGGCCGAUCGAAAUGAGUCCGAUCUCUCAAUGGCACAAGCGCGAUGGGGCAUACUGA